AUGCCCUAUGAGAUUCUUCUUGCAGUAUACGACAAUGUCGCUCACGCUCCAUCCCAGGUUGCCCUGGCACUAACUUGCAAACGCAUGGCCAUUGCAGCGCGCAACGUCCAGCUUUGUCUCUCGCCCACCUCGCCCAAGUAUGCGGGCUUUCUCCCAAAGGCCGUUUUUGAUGUUCCGGAACUCAUGACCCAAUUGAAGCCCUGGAUGCCGGCCGACCUCCGCUUGUGCAAUCACUGCCUCACCAACAGACCUCGCCGUGAGGAAUAUUGGAACACCAUCAUUGGCUGCGAGGUUAGCAACUUCUGGAUCCAGAAGACUGGUUGGAACUUUCACAAUGCGAGUUGGCAUAAGCAAGUGCACGAUAUCUGUCCCGCAUGCCAUGCUUCCUGCACCCUGAGCGAUUAUGUUGAUUGCGAUGGUUGUCGAGCCCUCGGGCGACUAGGCGAUGUGGACUGGGCCAGGGUAUCUGACUCCUGGAGAAGGAGGACGGAAGAGGAACUUCGAGCCGGAAGAUUCGCAACAGGACCUUCAUAA